AUGGCCAAGAAAGUGAGAUGGGAAUUGGUGUACGACCCUAUGCCGAACGACGAAUCAUUCGAUCGGUUCGCCGCCGCCGACCACCACGCUACUGUCAACCUGAUACAGCAGCGUGACGAGCAACAGCAACAGCGGGACGAGCAGCAGCAGUGGCGACACCGGGAAGAGCAGCAGCAGUGGCGGCACCGGAACGAGCAGCAGCAACGGCACCACCACCACCAGCAGCAGCAACAGAAGCGGGACGAAUGGCAGCAGCGCAGGUACGCCGAUACCCUGUCAGUCACCGCGUCCGAAGCUUGCAACUGCACAGAAGUCCCAUUGGUCUACAAUCUGACCGAAAACCACUACCCCAAGGAACUCAUGUCGGUCACAUGCAGCGGCAACUUGUGCAAGACGGCCUGGUACAGCGUGCCGGUGUUGUUGAAAUCGAACACGCAACAGGUCGAAAACCAAGACGACUUGCCGGACGAGCUGCAGCAGAACGUCAAUCACUGGAGGAGGUUCGACUCCGUAAAUAUCACGGUUGCCUGCUAUUGUUCUAUUAGAUAA